AAGCUCUGUUUGUAUUUGUGCAUUUGCAAUUUGUUCAAAAUACACUGGUAUUUGUCACUCAAAUGUUCACUUUAGAUUAGAUGUCUGUCUUUGCAAAUGAAUUUUUUUCUUUUUUUUUUAUUUGAGAGAUAAUUCACACGCCCUCAUCCACACAUGCACAGCUUGGUGGUUAAUGAUGCUCUGAAGCCACAGACUCCCCUGCCUCCCUCUUACUCUCUUCCUUAUUCAUAGUCAGCCAAGCUGACUGGAGCCUCCCCCGACCAAUGGGAGGGCUGCAUCCUGCCGCUGUCAUCAGCCCCACACUGGAGGAAGGGAUUGGUUUGUGAGAUUUGAGCUUGGACGGCAGAUGAAAUGCUUGGUCUGCUCUGCCGCAUGAGAUAGCCAGAUUGCCUGAUGAUGGGAGCCAAUACACGCUCGCCUUGUGGGCAAUAGCAUCCAGUUCAGCACUGAAAAAAAAGACGUUUUUUUGACAUUUUAUUUUUGUAUUUAAUUUUUUUUGUUUUUUGUUCUGGUGUGCUCUAUCUUCUUUGUUGGCUACCUUCAUAUGGAGAAAGAGACUGCUUGCGGGUUUUGUCUCUCAUCUGUCUUCUCCAUCCAUCCUCUCCGGAACAGGUUGAUCUUUUUGUUUCUUUUGUACUAAAGAACCGCUUUUGGGAUUCUCUCUCCUCCAUGUACGAUAACUUGUACCUGCAUGGAUUUGAAGACUCUGAGGCGGGUUCAGCUGACUCUUACACAAGCCGACCGUCUGACUCAGAUGUGUCCCUGGAGGAAGAGAAGGAGGGCGGUCGUCAGGAGAAGGAGCAGCAGGCCACUGUUCAGCUCGAAAGAGCAAAGAGCAAAGCUGUUGCGUUCGCUGUGAGGACCAACGUCAGCUACUGCGGUGCGUUGGACGAGGACGUUCCUGUGGCUGGGACUGCUGUCUCUUUUGAUGCCAAGGACUUUCUUCACAUCAAAGAGAAGUACAACAAUGACUGGUGGAUCGGGCGACUGGUGAAAGAGGGUUGUGACAUCGGCUUCAUCCCGAGUCCUCUCAAGCUGGAAAACAUCCGUCUCCAGCAGGAGCAGAAGAGAGGACGCUUCCCUGGCAGUAAAUCCAGUGGAAAUUCCUCAUCCAGUUUAGGAGAAAUGGUUUCUGGUACGUUUAAACCAAACCCAAACUCUGCAGGAAAACAGAAACAGAAGGUGGCUGAGCAUGUCCCUCCGUAUGACGUCGUUCCCUCCAUGAGACCCGUUGUCCUGGUGGGACCGUCCCUCAAAGGCUAUGAGGUGACAGAUAUGAUGCAGAAAGCACUGUUUGACUUCCUGAAGCACAGAUUUGAUGGGAGGAUAUCCAUCACAAGGGUAACAGCUGACAUAUCAUUGGCCAAGAGGUCAGUACUUAACAACCCCAGUAAGAGGGCCAUCAUUGAGCGAUCCAACACCCGCUCCAACCUUGCGGAGGUCCAGAGUGAAAUAGAGAGAAUAUUUGAGCUGGCCAGAUCCUUACAGCUUGUGGUUCUAGAUGCAGACACCAUUAACCACCCAGCCCAGCUUAUCAAGACCUCUCUGGCACCCAUCAUUGUCCACGUGAAAGUGUCCUCUCCUAAGGUCUUGCAGAGGCUGAUCAAAUCCAGAGGAAAAUCUCAGAGCAAACACUUGAACGUACAGCUGGUAGCUGCAGAAAAGCUGUCACAGUGUCCAUCUGAAAUGUUUGACAUUAUCUUGGAUGAAAACCAGCUGGAAGACGCCUGCGAACACCUGGCUGAAUACCUGGAGGCAUACUGGCGUGCCACUCACACGUCACUUAGCACACCACUCAACCCCCUGCUGGGACGCAAUCUCGGCUCCACUGCUCUUUCCCCAUAUCCUGCUGCCAUACAGGCCCAAAGAAACCGGAACAGCAACAACACGACGACAGAGAAUUCGGUUGAGCGUCGCAGCUUGAUGCCUACAGACGAGAACUGUCAAAAUGAACGGGCACGGAAGAAUCGCAACCGCCUGUCCUCGGACACGCAGCACAGCAGGGACCACUCUCCUCUAGUGGAAGAGGACUUCCAGGACCCCUAUCAGGACUCCUACAAGCCGCACCGAAACCGAGGAUCCCCAGGGGGCUUUUGCCAAGACACCAGGCACCGGGUUUGAGUUGGAUCCUGCUGUUGACAUGCUGCCUGAGAUUGUCCAAAAACAGGCAGCAUUUGCCACUUUAACUUAAUAAUUCCACUACACUCAAGUGAAAUGUAACAAUCUCUUAUAUUUAUGUAGUACCUCAUAUCCCCCUUGGCCUUGGCAUUUGCCAAAGGGACAUGUACUCAAGAAUCCUGCCUUUGCUUUGGCAUCACCAAGGAUUUGGAUAUGAAAGUAGCACAAAAGCAGAGUAGAUGUUUUAAAGGGAAAGCUAAAAUCAAACAUUGUUUAACAUGUUCUAGAAAUGGCUUGUAAUUCAAGUAAUCUAGCAAGUGAAAGCAUGGGAUGUAGACUUUCUCCGGACCAUUCGACUAGCUCAGCUGUUACUGUAGCAUGUGGGUAGGGCUGUAUUACAGAUCACUGUCUGACUAAAGCUAGCAACAGACAGAUGAUCAGCACAAAACUUUUUUGAGCGAGUCCAGGAGGUGAUGAAGGAAAAUAUAAUGCAUUGAUUCUACUUUUCAAGUUUGUAUGCUAUUGUACUUUAUGUAAGCAUAAUAAAUUCUGUGGCUCGGCCUAAUCCUAAAUCUUAAAUUUAGUUUUUGUUUUAUUUUUUUUAAAUGUUAUUCUGGACCAAUGCAGUAAACUUCACAUAUUUUGUUUUUUUUGUGUAUAAUAUAAAAACUUGUGCAUAUAUCAAACAUUUCCAUAUCCUAACCUCAGGAAUGAGAGGUCAUUGUGACCUGGAAGUGUAGCGUUUAUGUUUUCACCCAUUUGAUGGAAAUGUGGUUAUGAGUAAUAUCUUUUGGAAAAGUUUCCCAGUUUAUUUUUUUGUUUACCAAAACUGAAGGAAGAAAAAGGAACAUCUGAUGAUCAUGCAAAGCGUGUUUUUUCACAUGCAGUGCAUAAAAUAACUACUGUUUUUGGCUGUGAAUUUUUGUUGGACAUCACAUGAAAUUGACAGAGUUGCAAUUUUCGUGUAGGAUUUAUAUUGAGGGCUUCCAUGUGUAUAUAUUGUCAAAACAAUUCAAGAGAAUCAAUGUUAUCUUAUCUGAGUUUCCCUGUUAAUAUAUCAGAUUUCAUUGCACUUGAUUGUUUUAAAAUCUUACUGAGGCAUUUAUUUAAAAAAUAAAAACAAUCAUUAUUAUAUCUUUUGUUUAUUGUUAAGGAAUCAAUGAAAUAAUCAAAUGCAGAAACCCUUUCAUGGAGUAGCAACCAAUCAGUCCAUUUUUGUAAUUUUUAGCAUCCGCUGUCACAAUAUUGCUCUAGAUAAAUGUGAAAAUUACAAAAAAAAACACCUGCACAGGAUUGCACUGCCAUGAUCACAUUGACUUUUUCCUGCUACUUUCAUGGAAUUCCCAAACUUUUUUUAUUUGAAUGUUUGCUAUUUGCUGAUGUAAAACUUAUAAGAAAAUUAGCUCAUGUUAAAAUCCUUGUUGUUUUUUAAUUUAACUGAAUUUUUAUUUAAAACGCUUGUUUUCUAUUUCUUCUGGAGAAGAAAUUUCGUUUUUCAUACAAAACACUUUUUGUUUUGUUUUUUUGAGCACUGAUCUACAGAUCUAAAUACUGCCUAUUAGGAAAAAAAUGCAUUGAUGGACCAUUUGUGUGCACUGUCAUCUGGGAACUGAAAUAAAUAAAUAAACUUAAUCCUGGUU